AUGGCUGCCAAUAGUUCUAACUCUUCACAAUUUGUUCAUUCACCAGCAAUAAAAUGGGAAACAAGUGUCACUAAAGCACUUUUAGCAUUUUUAAAUACUCAAAAAGAAGCUCUUGAUGCUUUAAAAAAAGAACAUGGAAGGGCUAAUGGUAAUGGACCACUUUGGCAAGAAUGUAGUUUACAUUUAGUUUCUCAAUACAAUCUUAAUUAUACGGCUCAACAAUACUUUACCAAAUUCAAAAACUUGUCACAAAAAUAUAAGAGUAGAAAAGAUACAGAAAAUCAAAGUGAUAGUGAAGCAAUAAUUAUUUCAUUUCGUACUGAACUUGAUAAUCUUUUAAAUGAAGAACGAGCAAUAUUUAAACCUGUUGCAAUAAUAUCAUCCUCUUCAACUUCAACUAAUACUUCUGAAAGUAUUCAAUAUACCAGAAAGAAAAAUACAAAAAAAAAUGUUAAUUCAGAUGAAAAUAAUUCUUCUUCAGAUGAACAACAUAUUAUCAAGAAAAAAAGAUUAUCUGAUAUUAACAAAUAUAUGCGCAUAUUAGAAGAAACUUUUGCAUUAUCUUCUUCAGAUUCUUCUGAUGAGAAAGAAGAAAAAGAGCUUGAAGACAAAGAUGAUUCAUUUCAUGAUUGA